GACCGCGCUCUGGCUCCUGGGAGGCGCCUCGGGAAAGGGCCGGAGACCCGCUCUUCUGCGCCGCGCUGCGGGCGAGGCCGAGAUGGCAACCCCAGCGCUUGGACCUGGCUGCAUCCAUGGGAGAUGCUGCACCAGGGCGUUGGCUGGCCACACGGUAGUCGCAGGCCGGCCCUGCCGCUGACCAGGGUCCUGGCCUUGGGCGUGUGAUGGGCGCUCUCCGUGCCCGGCGGAUGCCGGGACCUGAGACCCAAGCGCAGCCAGGAAGGCUCCCUGGAGUCAGCUGCCCGUGGGCAAGCAGGUGCCCUUUUAGGCGUCUCUCCCCAGCUCCCCAACUGGGUCCUUUUGAGAAAGGCAGCCUGUGCCCCCCAAAGGCACGUAGAUUUUCUUGCUCCUGGUGCUCAACUCUGGUCAGCCUGACUCACAGUGAGAAAUAAAUUCACUGCUGGGACGGGGUGUCUAAGUGAAGGAAGUUUAGAAAAAGGUGGUGUCACCUUUACUGGGAAUGGUGGUAGGAAGUUACUUGUAUCCUGUUUUAUUUUUCAAAAGCAUAGGCUGCACCAUGAAGCCAAGUUCAUGACCGACAGUGGUCGCCCCAGGUGUUUGUGGGAGCAGACCAACCACCUGUGCUGCUCUUUGACCCGGAAUGCUUUUCUGAGGAGGAAUGUCGGGUCCUCGCAGUUCAAGACCAUCGAGGAUGACCUGGUGUCGGCCCUGGUCCGGUCGGGCUGUAUUCCCGAGAACCACGGCGAGGACAUGAGGAAGAUGUCGUUCCAGCGGUGCGCCCGCACAGACAAGGGCGUGUCCGCAGCUGGGCAGGUCGUGUCCCUGAAGGUGUGGCUGAUUGACGACAUUUUAGAAAAGAUCAACAGCCACCUCCCGUCUCACAUUCGGAUAUUGGGACUGAAGCGCGUCACGGGCGGCUUCAACUCCAAGAACAGGUGCGACGCCAGGACCUACGUCUACAUGCUGCCCACGUUCGCCUUCGCGCACAAGGACCGCGACGCGCAGGACGAGACGUACCGGCUGAGCGCCGACACGCUGCGGCAGGUGAACCGGCUGCUGGCCUGCUACAAGGGCACCCACAACUUCCACAACUUCACCUCGCAGAAGGGGCCCCGGGAGCCCAGCGCCCAGCGCUACGUCCUGGACAUGUUCUGCGAGGAGCCCUUCGAGCGGGACGGCAUGGAGUUCGCGGUCAUCAAGGUCAAGGGGCAGAGCUUCAUGACGCACCAGAUCCGGAAGAUGGUGGGCCUGGUGGUGGCCAUCGUCAAGGGCUACGCGCCCGAGGACGUGCUGGAGCGCAGCUGGGGCGAGGCCAAGGUGGACGUGCCCAAGGCGCCGGGGCUGGGCCUGGUCCUGGAGCGUGUGCACUUCGAGACGUACAACCGGCGCUUCGGCGGCGACGGGCUGCACGAGCCGCUGGACUGGGCGCGGGAGGAGGCGGAGGCCGCGGCCUUCAAGGAGCAGCACAUCUACCCCACCAUCAUCGGCACCGAGCGGCAAGAGAGGUCCAUGGCCCAGUGGCUGAGCACCCUGCCCACGCACGACUUCAGCGCCACUGCCCACGCGGCAGCCCGCCCCGGCGCCAAGGUCCCCAGCCCCCAGGAAGGCAGCGAAGAGGACGGAGUCAGUGACUGAGUGGGACGCCCCGGAGACACGUGCCCCAGGAGCCGCCACCGCUGCCGCCGGCCACAUCCCUCGCCAAGACGGGACCCAAGGCGUGGCCUCGCAACCUCAGGACCUCGAGACCCACAUUGUUCUCAGCUUCCCUCAGGAGAACCGGCCGCCAGUCUGUCUCAGCUCAGCGUGAACUCUGUACACCUCAGCGUGUAAAGACACUAUUUUUUUAAGGAAAUGAUUUUCUUAUUAAAUAGAUACAAGCUUUGCUUAGUCAA